AAUUAUGAUAUCAAUGUGAAAUUUACACGUAAAAUAGUUAUACAAUCAGUUAGGAUUUAUCGUGGACAAAUUAUACGCGUGGGCGGUGCCGAAUCGAUUUAUUUUGUCGGUAAAGUCUGCGCGGCGAACACGGUAGGUUAGUUGACCGCGGGGCCGAGCGAGCGCUGAGCUGACAGUAGGCCGGCGACGUCACAGUGGGCCGGUUGAGCCUUCCUUCGUUCGAUUCAGGCAGGCUCUCUAUUCAUUUUACAUGUAGCAAGCAGGGUUGCGGGGUGCAGUUCAGACAUGGGAAGUGAGCAUUACUGCCUGAGGUGGAACAAUCAUCAGAGCAACUUGCUGGGUGUGUUCAGUCAACUGCUGGAGUCGGAGUCGCUGGUGGACGUGACACUGGCGUGCACGGAGGGACCUUCGAUACGUGCCCACAAGGUAGUCCUCUCCGCGUGCUCCAGCUACUUCCAGGCCCUAUUCCUCGACCACCCGAACCGCCACCCCAUAGUCAUCCUAAAGGACGUACGUUUCGCCGAGCUACGUACCCUCGUCGACUUCAUGUACAAGGGCGAGGUAAACGUCGAGUACUGCCAGCUAUCGGCCCUCCUCAAGACAGCGGAGAGCCUCAAGGUGAAGGGUCUAGCGGAUAUGACGAACAUCAACGCGGCGGUAGCUUCGAGGGACGAGCAGCAACAGCAGCAACCGCAGCAACAACAACAACAGCAGCAGCAGCAGCAGCAACAACAACAACAGCAACAACAACAACAACAACAACAACAACACACGAGCACAUCCGAGGGUAUACAGCGCGAGACGUCGCGAGAACAUCACCGUGAACGCGAGAGUAUAAAGGAGGCGAGCAAUAAAGAGAGAGACAGGGAAGGAAACACGUCGUCGUCCGGUGGCACGGGGUUGCCAUCGGGUGGUGGGGUGAAAGAAUGCGAGCAAACUCAACAGAACGUGGCCCAAUUGCCCAGCAGCGAGUCGACAGAGGCGGUAGACAUGACGGAUUGCCCGCCAUCGCCCACGGGACCCGGUAGCCCUUGUCCAGGGCCGUUGGCCCUCGAUCGGCCCAGGAGGGACUCCGAGGAUGCCGCCAGCCUCGAGGAAACGAGGGGUUCCCUUAGCCCGAUCUCGGUCCACAGUGGACCCUCGGAUAUGAGUCUAAGUAAUAAUACCGGGAGCACGCCUGGUGUGCUACCGUUGAACUUACCGCAGAGCCGGCUUCCGUCCCCGCACAGUACAGAGCCUCUCGCGGGCCCGUCGGGGUUACCCCCAGUCCAGCAAGUUCCACUUUCGUUAAAAAAAGAGAUGGACUGGGAAAGGUCGACCGAAGAGCGCAGUGCGAGCAGCGAAAUAUCCACGGAUUACAGACUCCCGCCAGAUCCGGUGUCGCUGGCCCUCGGUUUGGAGGCGGGGGGUUGGGGCGCCCUGGUGGAACGCAGCACGGGGGGAGGCGGCGGAAGCGGUUCCAUCCUGGGUCACGGCGGUUUCGCUAGCCUUGCGGGGUUGGCGCGUCGGUGCGGCGUCUGUCUGGCCACGUUUCCUUCCGCCUGGUUGCUGGAACGGCACGCGUUGCUCCAGCACGCCGGCCAGGCGAGCGACGACAAGCCUUUCACCUGCGAGCAAUGCGGCCAACGCUACCGCUACCGUUCCGCGUACGUGAAGCAUCGGGAGCAGAAUCACCGCGCCCGCCUCCCGGCCGACAAGCUGUUCACCUGCGACGUUUGCGGGAUGCAGUUCAGGUAUCUGAAGUCGUUCAAGAAGCACAGGCUGAACCACGCGUUGGAACGGCUGCAACGGGCGCCGGAGUCGUCCCAGAGCGGCGCCGCGUCGGCGGUUUCGGCCGCCGCCGAGAGGAGCGACCAGGUGUCAAGCACGGGGGAGCCGUCCCAGGUCGAGACCGGCAGCGACACCACCACCAAUCCGGGCGAGGAGGAGACGAGGGGGGCGUUCAACGAGAACGCCCGGGAGGAGAGCGUGUCCGAGACGGCGAGCGUCCACGGCGAGAAUCCCGGGGAGGCCGGGGCGGAGGUGCAGAUGAUGGGCGAGGCUGUCCCCACAGGGGGGAUAGGGGGAUCGGCGGGUGGUGGGAGCACGAGCGAGGUCGGGGACGCCGACGACAACGCCGUGGACGACGAUCGGUCCGAGGUAACCGCCGAUCGAGUGAUCAGCUUGGCGCGCAGCAGCCACGAGGUGGACAGGCGCGAGCGCCGCUUCGCCUGCCCCUUUUGCGGUAAGUGCGUCCGGUCCAAGGAGAACCUGAAGCUGCACGUGCGCAAGCACACCGGUGAGCGGCCGUUCGUCUGCCUGUUUUGCGGCCGUGCGUUCGGCGGGAAGAGCGACCUGACCAGGCACCUCCGUAUACACACCGGGGAGAGGCCGUACCACUGCGAGAUGUGCGGCAAAUGCUUCGCGAGGGCGGAUUACCUGUCCAAACAUCUCACCACCCAUAUACAUCAGCGUUAACCUGAUGGCACCGGGUGUUAACGGCCGGGUGUUGUGAACGCGUAACGACGGUGACGGUUCUUCAACGUUUGCCGGUUCGCGCCUUUCCCCGAGCGAACGGGAUUUGUUCCAGAUCGAAAUUUUUUUACCAAAUUUUUUGAAUUCGAGAACGAGGAUAUAUACGAGAGAAUUUUCAUUGUUACGCGAACACGUACACGUAGACAGAUGCAUACGUACGUAGGGACAGGAGUAGGUUUUAGUUUCGGCUAGUGUUGGCGCGCGCUUCAGGGACCGAUGGCGGGUCACUCGUAUACAACGACUACUUUAGAAAUACGAAUAAUUAUUUUCCCGCUAUUCGCUCGCGUUAGAGUUGUGUAUAUCGUUACGUCCGUUUAAUGGAACAUCCUUUUCGCCACGGAGUUAAUCGAGUCGUAUGACGUAGAUAGAGAAUUUAUGGGACGAAGUCGAUUAUUGAUUAUCGAUAAGACGAAGAAGAUCGGUCAAAAAUGUAAAAGGCGCGCACAGGCAGACGAAAGAAGAAAGGUGCAAAGGUGUAGAUAUUCGACGUAGAAUAUUCGUAUGUUCGUCCACGCGAAAUGGCCGUUCUUCUCCUCGGAGAAUCGAAUCGGAGAGAUUCCUUUGGAAACUUGAUAGGAUGCGGAAGAUCGGUAUAUUUUUAAGAUCCGAUUGAUCCAUCUUUCGAUUGUUCCACGAGUUCUUUUUCGGGGGAAGGAAGACGAAGGAAGGAAGAGGAGAAAUCGCUUAUCCAUCCAGUAAGAGCCACCGAGUAAGACGAGUCAAUUAAAAAAAGAAAGAAAAAAAAAGAAGGAAAGGAUGAAAAAAACGAACAAAAGGAAAGAAAUCGUCGGCCGAACUUACGGCGUGAACGAAUAUUAAUAAUUCGGUGAAUGAAGAAAGAAGAAGGAAUAGAGGGAAGGGGAGGAAGGAAGUUUAGAGAGGGGGAUUUCUACGUAACGUUAGUGAGACUAACAUGUGAUAAUGGAUUCGAUACCAAAGAACGCGACGACGCUAUGGACGAACGUCGACGGCUCGUUUUUGUUUCGUCUUCGUGCAUCAUCGACGAGCGAAUCUACUCGUCGCGUAAUAGCUGUCAGCGUAAUCGAUGAGAUUUUUAUACAGUGCACGCGAUAACGAUCAUUCUUCCGUAUGCCGCCCAGUCUUGGGAACGUGGCGCCUACCCACUUUGGGACGGGAAGUCUCUCGUCGAAAUGGAAAUUCAGCCUAUCGUUUUUGAUCGAUUAUGGAUAUUGAUUCUCAUCCCGAGACGAUCGAGAACGUGACGUGAAAGUAACGCUUCCCCUAACAUAUAUUUCGACGAACUUUGCGUUCCGAUUUUAUUAUUAAGAAACAACGCGAAAUCGGUACUCUCAAAAAAAAAAAAAAGAAAUCUUCAAAAUUUUUAUCGUAUCGAUGAUUCGAAAUUCUAACAAGAAUUUUGAAAAUGAACGGAAAGAGGUUAAAAAAAAAAUAUAUAUAUAUAUAUACACAUAUGUCGUUGCUUCAAAUUCAUCAGAGAUCCGCGCACGGCUCGAUCAUCGAGAAGGAAAGAAAUACAAUACGGCGAUGGCCAUGCUUGAGACUUCUCGUCGAAAGGAGGGAGCGAUGCGCUCGAGGUUGGCAUCUAGCGAAGGAUAGGCGCGAAUCACGCCAGGCCUUCCCGGAAGCGUUGCCGGUGCCUUUGGAAAGCCAGCCGUGUAUCCUUUUUAAACCUAGCGACCUAGCAAUAAAGCGCGCAGCCGUUUUCCGUUCGCAGCCGUCACGCGAGAAUUAACGUAACGCAAAAGAAAAAAGAAAAAAAGAAAAAAAAAGAAAAAGGGAAAAAACCGCGAGGCUUGGACGUGUUGUUUGUUGCACGGUCACGGAUGAUCCUUCCCAACCCUCUUAACCGACCCCCUUAAAACUUCUUUAGCCAAUAUUAUAUAGUCCACACAUUUUUGCUGUCUGCGUAUGUAUAUACAUACAUAUAUAUAUACAUACAUACAUACAUGCAUAUAUAUACAUACAUACAACACGUAAUACAUAUAUGUAUAU